GGGCGCGGAGGCGAGUGACAUGCCGUGAGACGUCGGAGCGUUGCGGCGUUACCGGGCCGCGCGCCGCUGACGCCGAGCUCGCGUGCGGCCGCGUCCGUCCGUCCGUGCCUGCCUCUCUCUGCCGAGCGUUCGGAGCGAGCCGCCGGCGCCAUGUUCCGCCGGGCCCGCCUCAACGUGCGGCCCAAUGUCCGACCCGCGGGCAGGGGCUCCGGCGGCGCGGCGGACCCGGAGGGCUCGGGCUCGGGCUCCCCGGUGGCUGCCAGAGCGGAGGCGACGGCGGGAGCGGCGGCCGAGGCCCCGCUGGCAGCGCGGCAGGCGGAGAGCAGUGACACAGCUGAUAGCUCAAAUGAUGCCAGAGAAGCUAGUAAACCUGCAGAGAUGCCUAUGCAGAGAAGAAAACGGAUCUCCACCAUGCCCAAUCUUGUCAAACCCAGAGCUGGACCUUCAUCUGCUCAGUGUUCUGCAUCAAAGCCACAGAGGCGAGCAUCACAGCCUCCUGAUGGCAGUGCUUCACUUCAGAAGGAUUCCUCUCCAUCAGAAAAGAGUAAUGUUGAAAGCUCUUUAAAGUCUCCCAUGCUGCCUGAAAAGAAAACACCUGUGCCACAAGUGCCACAGUUUUCCCCACUAAAAAAAUCGGUGAACAGAGAGCAAACUGUAGGUGUAGCUGCUCAAAAAAAUGAUGAUUCCUUGCAGAAGAAUGUACCCUCCCCACUCAAGGAGAGACCAACGCAGGAAAGAUCAGGAGCACAGGAGGAAAAACUACUUAUGAAACCUGCUACCAUAAAAGAGAAACGACCGUGUUCUGACCGUGAAAGGAUCCUCAAAGCUCGGAAGUUAAGAGAAAUGCUUAAAGAAGAGCUGAAGAAGGAGCGGAUGUUGAAACACAGACCUCCAAUAACUGAAGGACAUUCUCCACCAGAUCGUUCUAAAAUGACCAUGAGAGACUUGAUAUACUAUCUGCCAGAAAACAAUCCUAUGAAGUCUUCACUGGCAGAAGAAAAGAGAACAGAAAAAAGUUCUGCACUGGGUCAAAUGAAAGAACAGGAGGAGAAGAAUACCCCUGAUCAUGAGGAAGAAGAUGAGGAAGAAGCAGAGAAUGGGGAAGAGAGUCAGGACGGUCCACUUCUAGCUCCCCGUGUGAAAGUAGCAGAAGAUGGCUCAAUUAUUCUGGAUGAAGAAAGUUUAACUGUGGAGGUUCUAAGAACAAAAGGUCCAUGUGUUGUAGAAGAAAAUGAUCCCAUCUUUGAGCGUGGCUCUACAACUACAUAUUCUAGCUUCAGGAAGAGUUUUUACACUAAACCGUGGUCAAAUAAAGAAACAGACAUGUUCUUUUUAGCUAUCAGUAUGGUAGGAACAGACUUCUCCUUGAUUGGACGGCUUUUUCCUCAUAGAGCCAGAGCAGAAAUUAAGAAUAAGUUCAAACGUGAGGAAAAAACUAAUGGAUGGAGGAUAGACAAAGCUUUCAAAGAAAAGCGGCCCUUUGAUUUUGAAUUCUUUGCCCAGCUGCUUGAGAAGGUCUUAGCAGAUGAGGAAAAGAGGAAGCAAAAGACUGUUAAAAGCCAGAAGCCAAAGGAGAAGAAGCUAUCAAGGCCUCGGAAGAAGCCAAAAGCAAAAGCUACCAGCACAGAAGCUGCUAAUGAUCAAGAUGAUCUUCAGGAAGCCAGAAUUUCUGAUGCAGAAGCAGAUGCUGUGACAGCUGAGAAGGAAAACGAGGAAUCUUUGGGCAUUUCUGAACAGGCAGAAGAACAGGUUGCAUUAGAGCCAGCGUUAGCAAAAAAGAAGAGAAAGAAGAGGCGAAAAGAUGAUCUUGAACAGGAAGUGGAGAAUCUUCCAGAAGAAAUGGCUGUACCUUCAAAAAUAGCUGAAGAAGGAAAAUCCUCUGAGAAAACAGAAAAAAAAGUGGUAUGUGAUGCAAACAAUGAUGGUCAUACCACCUGUAGAGAAAAACUGGGUAGUGUUACUGAAGAAAACCAAGAUGAGACUGCUGUUACAGAGGAAGAGAGAUCAGAGUCCUGUUUACCAAUGGAUGACAUAAUGGAGAGAGAAAAUGAUGUCAAUUUAUGCAGCUUCGAAGAUAGCAAUGAUAUUAUACUAGAAAUGGAAUCUGCUAAACUGAGAGCCCUAGAUAUUAGAGAUGAUACAUCACAGGAAAGCCAGAUUUCAGAUUUACCGGUUUCAGAGAUUAGAGGCAAAGAAAGACAAUCUGAAGAAACUAGAGAAACAAAGAACAAAGACAUACAUGACUUACAUAGACUGGAUGAAAAGCAGAGUGCAUCAGAAAGUGAUUCGCAGUCUGAAAUCAUCAAAACUGAAAAGCCAUUAGACAGAGGGCGCUUGCAAAGACCUAAACCAAAUUUAGUGAGAUCAUCUGGAAAGAGAGAAGCAGCAACCCAAGAGAAAAUGGAGGCCGAGACUUCCUCUCCAAACCUUGUGAAUGCAGAUAAAAAGUGCUCUGAGGAAGACAGUAGAAGAAACAGAAAUGAAGCCACAGAAGUAGAGAACACUGAUUUGGAUAGUAAAUCUGAAGUACCUGAAAAAACUGUAAUUGCAAAGGCAAUAGUUAGAGGAUGUCGACAAAGAUUUAAGCCUAAUGUUACAAGAGCAUCCAGAAGGAAAGAAGAGCCUGAAAAAGAUGCAGGAAAUGAUAAGAUGUCCCAUCCACAACCUAAGGGGGAAACCGAAAAGAAUACUGACCAAAGUAGUAAGUCUGAUGCUACCAGCGAAGAAGCUGCAGAAAAAGAUGAUAAAGUCAUGGACACAGUGUCUCAGUCUAAUGAAAGAGCUGGUUUACAAGAAGACAGCAAACAGAGUGUGCUGAAACCAAUACCUCUAAAGAGAGGCAGAGUGCAGAGCCCAAAACCAAAUCCAAGAAGAACUGUUGCAAGGCAAAAAGACCUGACAGAUGAAAAAGAUCCCGAAGAGAAGACUGAAGGUGGAGAAGUAGAAGAAGGUGUGAUACACCGUAGGGAUGAAAACAAUGAUCCAUGCCUCAAAAAUGAUGUGAUGGCUCAUGAAGACACUCAGCCAUGCCGUGUGAUGUUAGAAGGGGAUGUCUCUACAGAUUCUGAGAUGAUCUCAAUACAUACAAGGCAGUGUUCCCAAGAAAAGUCCUCAGAAGCAGAAAGCUAUGAAAGUGGAAAGGGAUUGUCAGAUGUCUUGAAACAAGUUUCAGAUUUCAAUACAGGGGAGUCUGGUCCUCUGAAGGAAGAGGAGAAAACUGUUGUAUCAUCAGCUCUGCUACUGAGGAGUCGAUUCCAGAGACCAAAGCCAAAUUUAAGAAUGACAACUAGUAGAAAGGAAGUGCUGAAUGUAAAUAAUAAAGGUGUAUCACAGAAAGAUACCAACAAAGAAGAAAGUUUGACACAGUGUGACAGUGAAUGUAACAUCCUUCCUGAUACAGAUAAAGCAGGAAAAUAUGAUGUCCUGCAACCAUUGAAAUCCUUAGAAAAGGAGAAGUCACUUGGCUCUCAGGAGGUUUCUGAGAGGCCAGGUUGUAAGGCCCCAAAGACAUUUUCAAGAUCAGAGGAUGGUGAACUCAAGUUUUGUUUACCUGAAAUUAACCAAGAUGACACCUCAACUACUAAUGCAGGUAAAAAUACCACUGAAGAAGAAAGUAAACAAACACCUCUUCAACCUGUCCAGUUAGUACGGAGCAGAUUCCAGAGGUACAAGCCAAACUUGGUAAGAGCUGUUGGAAAGAAGGAAUUACAAAUAUCAGAAGAUGAGAGGGAGGAAAAGCCUGGAGCAGAGCAGCUGGUAUUGCAAAAAGAUGAGUCUGCCAAUACCAUCAUUGGUGAAAAUGAAGCUGUAUUGUGUCAAGCAGAUGUAUUGAGCAAAGAGGAACAGGAACAGCAAGAGGUGCCUCAGAUGCCCUUUAUUUCUGAAAACGUAUUGUGUGAACAAAGCAGUGCUGAAAAAUCCAUUUCCCAAGAAGGCAAGCUGGGUGCUCUGAAACCAGGACAAUGCAUAAGGAAUGGAUCUCCAAGAACUAGACCAGACCUAGCAAGAGUAUAUAGUGAAAAAGAAUCUCCAGUGGCACAAAAACUUGUUGCUCCAGUUGAGGAAGAAGCAAAUAAAGGAGAGAAUAUGCCUGUGGUAGAAGAAUCUGAGGAACCUCUUUCCUCAAAAGAUGACACAGAAGUAUUGUUGUUUGUGGGGAAUUUGGCCAAGAAUGACAAUCUAGACAUAAAUCCAAAAAGUAUGAAGUCAGAAGCACUCUGUUCCUCUGAAAAAUCACCUAACUGCCACAGCAAGGGAGAACAAGAACAUCUAUCUACAGAUGCUAUAGAAAGCAUUCAGGAUAGCAUAGAAAGCAGGAGAAGUUCAUGCAAUGAUGUGCGGUGUCCUGGUUCCUUGGUGAAAGGGAUGCUUUUUAUGUCCAAUAAUAUAUUAAGUUCUGGAGAAGAAAGUAAACAGAAUGAUACAGUGCCUCAAGCGAGGGAACCCCACUGGAACCCUAGGCCAAACCUAAUGAGAGUUACUAGAAAAAGAGAUUAUCCCGAAGGAGGUGAAAACAGAGAAGAGGACAAUGCUGAGAACAGAAAUUCAGAAGAGUGUUUGGAGUUAGAAAUAACAGGUGUAUCAAUGCAAAACUCCAGUAACAUAGUGGAAGUUGCAUGCUUCUCAGAGGCUACAAGAAAACACAAUUUUACAGACUCUGUUGAAGAAACAUCUUGUAAAAGAAUCAGGCAGGAUAGUAGACUCCAGUCUCCAGAGAUUUCGUCAGAGAGCGAGAGUCAAGUAGAACAAGAAGAUGAUUCUCAGCUUUCUACUUCUCAGGAAAAUUCAGACAAUCUCACAAGAAGGUUGUCCAGAAGGUCAUCAAAAUGGAUAGCACUGCCAAAACAUGUUUUGGAGCUAAGAACUGCUGCUUCUUCUGCCUCUGAAUGUGAGGCUGAUUGCAGUGAGAAGUGGAAUCAAAGGCAAGAAGUUAAACUGAGUGCUACUAGAGGCAAAAGUUUGAAAACUACAUGUAGAAGGAAAUCUGGGAAGAAGCACAGAAGUUCAAAGAUAACCUUGGUGACCCUCCGGGCUUCUCAAGAGGAGGAGGAGGAGGAGCCAGAUGACUUCGAGCCUGAUGAUGAAGAUGAAUGCUUUGCACCAGAGGAAGUAAACAAAGCUCCAGUAUUUGUUCCUAUAGGUCUUCGAUCUCCAAAACCUGUUCCUGUUCAGAUAGAGGAAACCAUGGAGGAGCUGGAAAUAGUUGUGAAUAUACCAGAUGUGCAGGUGGCUACUGAUGUUGAAAGUCUCUCGCAUGCAUCUGUCCAGCCAGUGGUAGAGAGGGAGGAAAAAGUAAACACCUCAACAUCUGAAACAACUGUACAUGAAAAUCCAGAGGUGGAUAAAGGAAUUAAUGAUGGAAGCACUGAAGCUGCCAUGACUUUACUUGCAAUGGGUGAUCCUAUGUUCCAGUUAAAAACAAGUACUGAAGAAUGGACACACAUGUUACCCGCUAAAGAUGAGUUGGACAUUGCCAAUAGCCUUGUAACCCAUGCCUACUCCAAACAAAAUAGAACUUCUAGUCAAUAUUUACUUUCUUCAGACACUUCUACCAAGGAAUUGGUCCCUUCUGAGGAUGGAAGCAACAUUAAUGUAGAGGAUCAGAGCACCGGCACAAGAAUAGGUGUCGAAGAAUAUUUUGAGAAAAAUGCUACAGAUACCAGUGAUAGCUCUUUGCCUACAGUGAAUAGUAUGAGACUGACAAGAGGCAGACUCCUGAAGCCUGAGGCAGCCUUUGGAGUAUUGAGGUCCAAUGAAAACAUAAUUCAGGAGUCACUUAAUACAAAUGUACCUGUGGAACAACUGGAGCAAGUUGAAAGUGAGUCUACAACCCUGGGAGGUACUGCUGAAAUGCAGAAGGUGGAACUAGAACAGGUCAGACCAGCUGCAGGUGAUUCUUCAGUUCUUCAUGAUUCUGCAACUAGAAGUGUAGAACUUAUCAAGCAAGUAGAUGAAACUGAGAGAACAGAAAAAGAGAUGAGAGAUGCUUGUGGAAACUCAGGAGACUUGAGAGCUAUAAAUGCAUCACCAAAACCUGAAAAAUCUCACCUUGGAGUAGAGGAUUGUACAAAUCAAAGUUCUGUGGAUGGAUUUCCUGAGCAAAAUCCUUGUCCUCCUGAGCACAAUAUAUACACAGUCAACUUUACUCAGAACGAAGUUUGUGCUCAGGAUGCUCAAAACCAAUGUGUAAGCAGCACAGAAGAGACUUCAGUAGUGAACGAUGAUCAUAGAAGUCCAGAGGAGGAACAGACAUUCAUUUUAACGUUGGUGGAAAUCCCAGCUGACUCAAAAGAGUUUGAUGCAUCUGAUUUGCUGGAACAAACUCCAGAACCAUUACUACCAGCCCCAAUAUUUAUCAGCCCAAUAAGUACAUGUGAAACAAGCAUGACUGCAGUGGAAAGCACCGGAUCCUUGACAACUGCAGCUGAUGAAUUUGCUGCACCUUUGAAGAGCAGUAUAGAAACAAAACAACUAGAGAGUGCAUCAGUAGAGCCUGUUCCAAAUUCGCAGACAACUCAAAAAAGGUCAGCUGCUGAACUUGAAGUGAAUGAUUUUCCUCCUGCCAAGAAAACUCUGUCUACUGUCGCUGUGGAAGGUAACUUGGAAACCACUUACAAGGGUUAUUCAAUUAAAUCCACAAAUGCUCCAAUGAUAGCUUCUGGGAAUCCUUUUCAAAAAACACAGGCUUCAGCAAAGGAAAAAGAAGUUAACUCUGUGUUGGUGCCUAAGUCUAUGUCACCACUGGCUGAGAGAAGCCAACUUCAGACUUUGGAGAACUUAGGGAAAGCACCACUUGAGAAUUCAGCAUCCAAACAGGAAGAGGAGGUGAUGUCUAGAUUAACCUCUAGCAGAAGAGCAGAAAUAAGUGGACAAGGAAAGCAGGGGGAUGUCCAUGAAUCUGGACAGUUGGAACAUACUGGAAGCCUAGCAUCAUCAUCUUCAAAAAUGCCAUUACUCAGGGGUGGACGAAAACCAUUGGGAUUUUUAUCUUUAAUUUGCAAAAAAAGUAGUUCUGAAUCUGCAGAAGAUGUCAAAGGGAAUAGAGGGAAGAUCCAUAAACCUCGGAUUGUGACUCCAAGGCUAAGUCUAAAAAAACCCACUCCAUCCUCUAAGGAUGACAGGGAGUCUUGUUUCCUUCCCUCUACAAGCACAUCAUCAUCUGUGGAGGAUAAGAAUGUAGCUGCUGAUGCUGCAGUUACGGUAUGUGGUUCCAAGUAACAAGCCAUCUGAGAAGCCACCCCUUUGUGCUAAAGAUCAAGAGAAGGAAGAAGAGCCAACCAGAAUCUCUGAGUAUUUUUUCAGUGACAUCUUUAUGGAAGUGGAUGAUUCAGAAUAGGAAAUUGGCUUUAUAAAAACCUGGGAUCUGAGAGUAUAAUGCAACAAAAAGAGUAUUUUUAAGAAGUUCUGAUUUGUUCUGAUAUUCAUUAUGCCACACACUGUCAGCCAAGCCGUUGUUAGUAAAUUCCAUAAAGAUGAAACUGAUUCCUUUUGAAGUGACCUGGAUACUUUUAAAAUGUUGACGUAAUCUAAACCGCUACAUUGAUGUCAUUGGACCAGACCUGUGGCUGCUGGCUUAUAGUUUCACUUGUUUAGAUGCUGAUAAUGGGUGCAUGACUAUCUUCCAGAAAAGUGCAAUGAAAAAAUGCUUAAUCUUGUGACAAGUGUCCCUUUGAAUUUUAAUGCUUGUUGUACUGGCUAUACAAGUUCUUUACUUCUUUUUGUGAAGUAUGUUAUGUUAGUAUGCUAGAAGGAAGAAUGAACCUUUUAUGUAUAGUGUAAUCUCUGUAGAUAAGGAUGCAAAUACUGGAAGUAGUGUAGUAAAUAUACAGAUAUGUUCAGCACUGCAGGUAUUUUUAUUAGCAUCUCCAAAUUAUGUAUUUUUGUAAGAGUUUUUAAUUACAUAAAUUAAAAGAUCCUAACCUGAAAAGCCAAAUGGGUUUAGUUCCCUAAAAAUGUAUUGAGAACAACUGGAAAAACACAAUUUACUAAAAGAUGCUACACAACUACACGAUGUUAACCUUUGCAACUGUCCUAUUGGAGUGGGAGGAAAAGGCUAAUCUUUCCUAGUAUAAAUGCUAAUUUCCUUCUAAAUUUGAAAGCAAGGGGAUAGAUACCAUUUCUUUUCCUUGGUUUUAAGUGUAGGUGUUUGUAGAUCUGCUAACUUCCUUGGUUUCCCUUGUGCAAAGUAGCACAAAGAUUGGAGUUAAACCAUGACUAUUCCAUGUGGUUGCUUUGAGCCUUUGCUACUUUGAAGCAGUUGAAUUUGAAUGGUUUUCCUCAUGUUGCAUGUCUAUUUGUUCUGUAACUUGCUAUAAAGUGCUGGUGUAGCUUUAGAUUUUAUUCUAAUUUUUUACUUGCCUCAUCAAGAAGAUUGUCUUGAUGAUGUAAUUAGGUUCAUGCAGUCUCAAAGUCAGGUGGUCACUGAAAGAUUCAAUAUUUAUUCUGUAACUCCUUCCUACACAAAAAUGAGUGUGUAGAUUAAAGUAGUCUAAAUUUUUCUCCUGUUACUUAAUACCAGCAGGUACUUUUGCAAAACAAAUGAUUUAUUAUGAACGUGAAACUGAUGUUUAAAUGGUAUUGUUAUGCUCUCAAGAAACCUAUCUUCGGCUUUGGGCUGGAUAAUAAUUUACUGGUAAAUAUUUUCAUAUAAGUAGUUAAUUUUUAAAUACUUGAUGAAGUUUGAGAAUGUUUGCCUUUUCAGAAGUUAUUGGCAAGGCUUCUGAAGGAGCCUUUAAAAUUUUGUCAAUAAGGAAAGAUACACAGAAAAGCUACUGUUACUGCAAACCACUACGUUAACAGGCCUCUGUCAAUCAAAUGUUGCCAGCAGCAGUAUCUUCUUGAGGUGAUGGAAAAGGGACUAACAAUCCCAGUGUAAAGUAACUUACUUGAAAGCAUACUGUCAUCUUCCUGCCCCCCCCCCCGCCAAAACGCCAAGAAACAGCACCACCAAGUUUCUGUUCAUACAGUAUCUUGUGCUUUGCCUAAUCCAUUUAACUUGAAAUGUUUAUCUAAAUAUUGUCUUACUGUAAACAUUAUGAAAUAGAUUAAUCUAUACAUGAAAUGCUAUGUAUUGUAUAUCUUGUAGAUAUUAUUUUAUGUAUGCAAGUGUUUAGAUCCUGAUACAUGUGGCAUGUUUAAAUCACUUGCAUGGACAGAGCCUAAAAAUAGAUUUGUGGGGAGUGGCUAUAAAAUAAUUGCCCUCAGUACUUUCUAAGCUGAUAACCAUUCUACAUUUAGUUGUGUACAUUUUAGCUUCAUUCAUAUUACAUAGAAAAAAAAAACCCAACUAUUUCAUUACUAAGAUUUAAGGUGCCUUAUCUACCUUAUUAAUUGGGGCUAACUUUUUUUUCCCUGCAGUAAAUCACAUGCACUUUGUUAGAGGAUUUUUUUUUUUUUUUAAAGAACAAAUUUAAUUUGAAUAGAGAUAGGACAACUUUGUGGUGUUUAUGAAAGUUUUAUAAUGGUUAAAGAUGUAAGAAAAGAUUGGUGAAAUCUCAAUGCCUGUUACUUUACAAAGAUGUGGCGUAAGACUGCUUUGCUUAGAGUUCUCUGACACCCUGUAUCAUCACAUAUAAGCUGUUUCAAAGAAAAGUAGUCAUAUUCUGUGUGUAAAUUAUGUGAAUAAAUUAUUUUAUAUCA